AAGGAAUAAAUGGAUUUUAUAGAGGUUUUAUACCUUGCAUAUUAAGAUCUUUUCCUGCAAAUGCUUGUGCAAUUGUAGCAUUUGAAUCAACAAUGAGAUUUUUAAAAAAUAAAAAUUUAUAA